ACCAAACCCGCUACGCUCUAUUCUUUAUGUCAGCUAAAAUAAAAAUCCCGUUUAGUCUUUAACGCUUUCGGUAAUUUCUUCUUUGUUGAAAACUGCAUUAAUUUCUGAUGUAUUUCCUUUUUUUGUCUUAUUGUCUUGUAUCCAACUAGUGCUGAGUCUUUUCUCGUCUCACGUAUAAAAGUCCCCUGUUCAGGGAUGCAGCACUUACUACGUGAUUAUAUAGCACCACAGCUCCCACCGUGCUUCCGUUUUCACUACUACAGCGCUUAAAGACUUGAUCUUUCUAUGAAUUUCGCUUCUACAGCAUCCUCCUCUCUUACAUAAAGACAAUUAUUCCUUCUGUUGCUCCUCAUAUCGCGUCUUUAGCUGCACGAAAAAGAACACUUAUUCUCCGCUCGCCUUAAAUCUUCUUUUACGGUAUUAUUCUCUCAAUAGGCUCUCUUAUGCUUCCACGAUGAUAGCUCAUGUUAGUGUUCAACUCUUCCUAUAAACUAUCUUGCCAUGGCAUCCACUCCACCUAUCUUCCCUCUAGCCAUCAAACCCGUGGUAGGUCCUCGGAAAGGUGUACACAGCUCUUACCAUUCUCCCCUGCUUUCACAUUCUUGACAGUGCAGGUGACUACGGUGCUUCAUUCGCAACAUGCAACUCAAAAGCAUCGGUCUCCCCCAGUGCAUCAUCCAUCACAAUCUCCACCUUUGAUUAUACGUCUCCUCUCCUGUCUUCUAUCCUACCAAAACAUUUCAAGCGCUUGUGGCUGCCAAACCGUAUUUAAAUUUGGUCAGCCUUGUGCUGAUUGUAUAUGGGCCGAAGGUAAUCAAAGCGCUUGCCACUUUUUCUGUACGACUCAAGAAAUAAAAAUACUGGGCAGAGAAUGGCAUUUUUCUUUGAGGCUAAUUAGCGUUUCAACGUCGGCUUUACCUCCGCAUCACCCGUUGCCUGGAAUAAAGACUUUAUGUGUCAUCCGCUCACAGUUCUGCUCGAAAAUUAGUUCUGUCGAGACUUACCGGAAAGCACAAGCGAAUGCAAGGUUACUAAUUUUUGAAUUAUUGAGGACGAGUCACAGUAGGUCGCUAAAAGCAGCAUGGCCUUUUCCCUAGAACUUCUCUUUGUCUCUAUUUUUCCGGCAAUAAAAAAGAUAUCAAAGUAUACCUCUGAUGACAAAAAGCUCACUCAACGGUAAACGAAAUAAGAAGCCCAGUUGGAAUGUG